UUUUUAGUUUGCAAUUAUUCACAUUAAAAGCCUAUUUAGAUUAGAAUAUUUGCUUGGAACCUGAAUCUGAUUCUGACUUUUUCAUCUAUUGAUAAAACUUUCAGACAAGAUUUCAAUGCAAAAAUAUAAUCCAAAUGUGAAUAAGAUUUUUAUCAACAUUUUUACACCUUUUUUCGAUAUAAUCAGAUUGUUCCUUAGUUUCAUUAUUUUUUCAUCAAACAUUGAUUGAUAAUCAACCCUUAUUUUUAAGUAUAUCAUCUUGUAUUGAUCGUGAAAUCUUUCCAUGUUUUAAAAAUGGACAUCGAUAAAUUGCCUGAUGACUGCUUAUUACAUAUAUUCAAUUUUUUCGAUAAAUUUGGGACACUUCUAAAUUGCUCUCACGUUUGCGAAAGAUGGAAAUGCUUAGUUACCCAGAGACUAUCAAAUGUUAAGUAUUUAGCGGAUUAUGGACCGAUUGAAAGCUAUCCUGUUAGAAAUACUAUAUUAUAUGACUAUGAAGAUCGGCAUGGCCUGAUUGAACGAUUAGAAUGGUUUCCUAAACUUAAGAUCAUUGAAAAUAGUUGUGAACCUGAUUGUUUUUCGAAUCCAACCGUCGAAGGGUUUCUUUUUUCCCAAGUAAAUUUAGAAAACUUUACUAAUUGUAAUUCAUCAUUCAAAAUGUUAGCAAUCGACGACUUCUGUGACUUUUUUGCCAAUGAUAUCCAAGGACCAAUGUUAACUCAAUUACAUGUGGGCCGUUGUCCUAUUUCCAGGUUGAGCGAAUAUGCUAAAUAUUUUCCAAAUUUGAAGCGACUUCAUAUCGCACACCAUACACUUGACGAUUUUGAAGACACUUUCUAUACUGGACCUACUCUUGAAAAGCUAGAAAUUUUAGAAGUAAUUGGCUCUUCUCAAUGGGGAUCUCGAUAUGAUUAUCAUGGAUUCAGCCUUGCCGAUAAGUGCCCAGUUCUGAAAAGUGCAUAUCAUUAUAUUGAUCGCGAUGAUCAGUUUUGUGUCAACAGUGGAAUUAAAAAUCUUUUUUUAGAAGAUUUAGUUUUACAACUUAGUGCCUACCCAAAUUGGUCCAUUUUGCGACGUGUAUUGUACAAGUACCCAAAUUUAAAACAUUUGGCAAUUAGAAAUGGUUAUGAUUGCAUCUCACAUGAAAAUGUUAUUGAAAUUAUACAUCUGUUACCUCAUAUAACACUUAUUGAUAUCAGAGGCAAUGAACCGAAACUAGUGGACGAAAAUACAACACGAUACAUUGAACAAUUCUGCAGGGACCAUAAUCGUUCAAUUUCAUUAUAUUACCAAAAAAGACCUAAGAUAUCAAAGAAGUGGCCUCAUUUGUCUGCUAAAAAAACUCGCAUUGGUCGUGGACUCGAUUUCAUGAAACACUGUUUUCUUAAAGAGUAUUGUAAUGAUUUGCCAUAUCUGUUGGAUCCUGAUGACUGAAGAACAGUCAUACA